CGCACGCCGAGCAGCAGCAAAGGCAGAUGAAGAAAAAGAGGAGGGGGAGGAGGAGGAACGUGAGGAUGUGUUGCUCUUAAGUGUGCAUUUCUAUGGAAGCAAUAACGCACUUAAGAGGAGUUAUUAUGACAGAAGGACGUUUCAGGAAGUCUUUUGGACCUUGCUGAACUUCUAAUUUGCACUUUUCAGGGUAAAGAGACCUAUUAGAUUAUUUCACACACUGGAAUGUGCCUGACUUGUGCUGCCUUUGUGGUGCUGAAGGGACAGCGACAACAACUUCCUCGCUUGAAGGAGCUGACCGGUUCUGAAUUACUCCACAGGGAAGAGGAAUUAACUCACAGUAAAUGUAUUUUACACUCCUGGAAUGUCCCUGCUGCAGUUUCCCGGGAGGAAAAACUUUUUAAAUAACUUUUUAUAAAGUGUAAAGUUGUAAGAGUGCGUGUAAGCGUGUGUGCGUGUGACUGCCAUCAUGCCUCGUUCUUUCCUGGUGAAGAAAGUCAAGCUAGAUGACAUUUCGGCCGCCGAGCUGGAAAGCUCCUACUGUCACGGUCGACGCGGGGAACUGAGCUUGAGAUUCCAUCAUCAUAAAGGUUACGAGCGAGAUUAUCUGACCCCGUCCCCGUACGAUGAUGCGGCGCAGACCGAUUUGCCAUCAAUCUCCAAAGCACCCUCUUCCCCAGCCCGCCCGUCCAUCAUCUACAGCCGCAUCGAUGGGGGCUACUCGGGCGGCCUUCACAGCGACAUCCACGGCGACUCGGACCAGCCGGACAGCCCUCGCUCCGAGGUAUCGUCGGCGGCCAGCGGCUACAUCAACGGGGACGCCGCUAUCGGCGAGGCCUAUGCCGUGGACGCCUUCUUCAUCGUGGACGGCCGCUCGAGACGGAAGAACAUCGCAAGCGCCGACGGGUCAGCUGCGGGUGUCCCGGGUGUCCCGCAGAGGCACUCGUGCGGCGAAUGCGGCAAGACCUACGCCACCUCGUCCAACCUGAGCCGCCACAAGCAGACGCACCGCAGCAUGGACAGCAAAAUGGCUAAGAAAUGCCCGACCUGCGGCAAGGUGUACGUAUCCAUGCCGGCCAUGGCCAUGCAUUUGCUGACCCACGACCUCAAGCACAAGUGCGACGUGUGCGGCAAGGCCUUCAGCCGCCCGUGGCUGCUGCAGGGUCACAUGCGUUCGCACACGGGCGAGAAACCCUUCGGCUGCGCGCACUGCGGCAAGGCCUUCGCCGACCGCUCCAACCUGCGCGCGCACAUGCAGACGCAUUCGGCGUUCAAGCACUACAAGUGCAAACGCUGCGACAAGACUUUUGCGCUCAAGAGCUACCUGAACAAGCACUACGAGUCGGCGUGCUUCAAAGGGGCCUUCUCGCCCAUCGGCUCGCUAGGGGAGUGACCGACGUACGCUUUCGCCACGUGCGAUUCGUCUUCCAACCACGCAAAGGUUCACUUGAGGGCACUCGAGAUCAGUAGACUUCCCUUCCUCUGAAUGAGGUGUCGCUUGAUCGUGCAGUUUCAGUCAGGCAGAGGAGCUCGGUGCGUUUAGUACCUUCGCUUGAACUUCAGUCUUCAAUUCCACCAUCACACCGCAGUUAGAAAAACUAAUAGAGAAAUGCAAUACAACAUCAUCCAGAGGUGUUUAGAAUCAAUAUUUAUCUAAUAGCGUGGGAAGAAAACACUAAAAAAGCGGAUUAAUUCCAUCAUGACUCACAAGAGAUGAUGAAAGAAAUCCACUCAAUCGCACCAAUUGCCUGAUGUAAACAUCACGUGAUCAACAGAGCCCAACAGAAAUAAUACGCAAAAAUAUUUUGCAAUAACACAAUAGAAAUAAACACAAAGGCUCAAAAUAACACACAAAUUCUACUUGGUCAUGAGCAGUAACUACCACUAUGCACAAUAGAAAGCGCCACACACAACUGAACUAGAAGAAUGAACUCAUCAGCUGCCAUUGACGGCGAUAGACGUCCAAUCUUUUUGAACUAGGUUGUCAGGGAUCGAAUGGAUCAAAUAGAUUGAACAUCUAUCUAGUGCUGCAACGAUUAAUCGAUUAACUCGAAUUAUUCGAUUAGAAAAAACCUUCGAAUCAAAUUUUACUGCUUCUAGUAUUCGUUUAAUUAGAGUCACUAUGUAAUGGUUUCUUUUGAAAGUGUUUGCAUUUAGUUUUAUUGAUUUAGGUUGAUACAGUGUAACAGUGGAUAUGACAUAACUCAUUUAAAGUGGCUGAAUCCAGUUGCUCUCUGUUAAGACCAACAUAUGGUAAGUUUUUGUUUGAGCUAAUAUGAUUUUUUUAUGCAUUCGUAAUUUAGUUUAUCAGUAUAUUUAGCCAAUUUGGGGAGUUACAUGUUUGAACAAUUUGUUAAGAGCAUUGUAAAAAUACGCUAGCAUUUUAUAGCAUUUAAGCUAGCGGACUUUUGCUAUGCAAGUUAGCCAAUUGUUCUUUUGUUGUACUUAGAUCCUCAUUUAUUUUUACUUAGAUCCUCAUUUAUUUAUUUUUUUAACCACAGAUAUUUUAUGGAAGUAGAUUUGUGUCUUUAUUAAUCAAACAAAAAGUCGCUUCAAUCAAAAUAUAUAUUUUCCAUGAAAAAAAAGUCAUUUAAAUUAAAAAAAAAAUGUUUUCAAAGAAAAUAGUUUGAAUUAAAUAAAAAUUAAAUUAAUUUUAAAAAAAAUAAA